UCCCGGCAUGCCCCGCGCGGGGGCGGGGCCAUGGACCGGGAGGCGCGUCCCAACGGCCGCCGCGGCGGUUCGAACUCGGCGCCGUGGAGGUUCGCAGCUUCUCCUCAUCGUGUGUCCGAGGCUUCCAUGGCGCGGCCCGCGAGCGUGUCCCAGGCUUCCGAGCGCAGAGGAGCCUCGCGAUGCGCGCUGGUCUGGGGUCGCUAACCCCAGCUGCGACCUUGUCGGGUUUCUCUGUGUAGCCCUGGCUGCCCAGGACUUGACUGAAGUGUUGGAAUUGAAGGAAAUGGAAUCUGUUUCAUCAGGCUACUAUAAUAAAGACCACGACCAUGAGGAAGAAAGCUUGCUUGCAAAUGUUGCUUCAUUAAGACAUGAACUGAAAGUCACAGAAUGGAGUUUGCAGAAUUUAGGGGAAGAGUUAUCCAGUGUUAGUCCAAGUGAAAAUUCUGAUUAUGUCUGCAGUCCUUCAAGAUGUGAAAGGAUUAUUUUGGAAGAACUUGCUCAACCUAGCCACCUGGGACAUUUGAAUUACCCACCUUAUAAGAAAGUUUGCAAGACAUCGGGUAGUAUUGAUUUUCAAAAGAAACCAAGAGAUAAGGUGUCUUUUUCAUCUGCUUCUGUGGAUGAAGAGAUUAAAAGCCUUCGAGAGAAGCUUAAUCAACUUAGGCAGCAGAAUGCUCAUUUGGUCACACAGAACCAUUCUUUAAUGACUAAGAUAGAAUCUAUCCACUUUGAGUUGACACAGUAUAAAGCAAAAAUGUCUUUGCUUGAGUCUGCCCAAGAGCAGGUAGCCAACAUCCCAAUCUUAGAAGAACAGAUUCUGAAUUUGGAAGCAGAAGUUUCAGCUCAAGAUAAAGUUUUGAGAGAAGCAGAAGAUAAAUUAGAGCAGAGUCAGAAAAUGGUGAUUGAAAAGGAACACAGUUUGCAGAAGGCCAAGGAGGAAUGUAUAAAAUUGAAGGUGGACUUGCUUGAACAAAGCAAACAAGGAAAGAGAGCGGAGCAGCAGAGGAAUGAAGCGCUGUGUAAUGCAGAGGAGCUGAGCAGAGCUUUCCAGCAGUAUAAAGAGAAAGUGGCUGAGAAGCUGGAAAAGGUUCAAGCUGAAGAAGAAAUACUGGAGAAAAAUCUUAGUGACUGUGAACAGGAAAACAAAAGGCUUCAAGAAAAGUGUAAUCUGUAUAAAAGUGAAUUUGAAAGUUUAAAAGAGAAAUGCAGGCAGUUAAAAGAAGAGCACAGCAGUGGAAAAGAAAAAUUAAGGAUUAUGGCAAUGAAAAAUUCAGAAGUCAUGGCACAGUUAACUGAAUCUAGACAAUGUAUUCUAAAGCUAGAGAGUGAGUUAGAAGACAAAAAUGAAAUAUUACGAGAAAAGUUGUCUUUAGUAAAUGAAAACCAUGAAUUGAAGGUUCGUAUUGUAACACAGAAUGAACAAUUAGAUUUGUUUCUGCAGGAAACUGAUAGUUCUAGGUUGGAACUGAGAAGUUUAGAAAAACUUAUAUCUCAGUUGCAGUUAAAAAGAGAAAUAGUUGGCUUUAAGUCAUCUCUUUCCAAGAACCAGAUGAAUAGUUUUUCUAAAAGGGACAGUUGCAUUGGCUGCUGUGAGGCAAAUAAAUUGAUGAUUUCUGAAUUGAGGAUUAAGCUUGCAAUAAAAGAGGCUGAAAUUCAAAAGCUUCAUGCAAACCUGACUGUAACUCAGUUGUCUCAAAAUGCUGUUGCUAAUGAUAGCCAAGAAGGUGUCAAAGUACAUACUUUAGAAACAGAACCUGUAAAACUAGGUGGUAGUCAAGUAGAGAGUGUGAAAGAUCGAAAUCAGCAUUCUGUGAACAAGCAGUAUGAAAGAGAGAAGGUGCGGCUUGCUGUGGGAAUAGAAGAGCUACGUGCCAAGCUGUUACAGAUAGAAGCCGAGAAUUCUGAUUUGAAGGUCAACAUGGCACACAGAACUAGUCAGUUUCAGCUGAUUCAAGAGGAGCUGCUAGAGAAAGCUUCAAAUGCUAGCAAACUAGAAAAUGAAAUGACGAAGAAAUGUUCUCAACUUUUGACUCUAGAGAAACAGCUGGAAGAAAAAAUUACUGCAUAUUCUUCUGUUGCUGCAAAAAAUGCAGAACUUGAGCAGGAGCUCCUGGAGAAGAAUGAAAAAAUAAGAAGCCUAGAAUCCAAUAUCAAUACAGAACAUGAGAAAAUUUGUUUUGCUUUUGAAAAAGCAAAGAAAAUCCACCUUGAACAGCAUAAUGAAAUGGAAAAACAGAUUGAACAACUUGAAACUCAACUGGAGAAAAGAGAGCAGCAAUUUAAAGAACAGGAAAAGACUAUGUCCAUUUUGCAGCAAGAUAUACUAUGUAAACAACAUCACCUUGAAUCACUAGAUAGACUCCUGACAGAAAGUAAAGUGGAAAUGGAAAAAGAAAAUAUGAAGAAAGAUGAAGCUUUGAAAGCACUGCAGGUUCAAGUCUCUGAAGAAACAAUCAAGGUCAGACAACUGGAUUCAGCAUUGGAAAUCUGUAAGGAAGAACUGGCUUUGCAUUUGAAUCAGUUGGAAGGAAAUAAGGAAAAUUUUGAAAAACAACUGAAGAAGAAAUCAGAAGAGGUAUAUUGUUUGCAGAAAGAGCUAAAGAUAAAGAGUCACAAUCUUCAAGAGACCAGUGAGCAGAAUGCUGUUCUGCAGCUCACUCUUCAGCAGCAGCAGCACAUGCUACAGCAAGAGACAGUUCGCAAUGCAGAGCUUGAAGACUAUCAGACUAAGCUUGAAAAACAGGUAUCAAAGCAGGAACAAGAGCUUCAGAAACAAAAGGAAAGUUCAGCAGAAAAGCUGAGAAAAAUGGAAGAGCAAUAUCAAGCAGCCAUACGUGAUGCAGAUUCGAAAAGACAAAAGAUCAUCGAGCUAACUGGUGCUGCCAGGCAAACCAAACUUGAGAUGGAUCACUACAAAGAAGAGUUGUCCAAAACGGAGAAAGAAAUAAUGCAUCUGAAACGAGAUGGGGAAAACAAAUCCAUACAUCUGUCUCAGUUAGAUAUGAUUUUAGAUCAGACAAAGACAGAUCUAGAAAAGAAAACCAAUGCAGUGAAGGAGUUAGAAAGGCUACAACAGCACACUGAAGCUGAACUAACAGAAACUACGCAGAAGCGGGAAGCUCUUGAGACUGAGCUACAGAAUGCUCACGGAGAAUUGAAAAGCACCUUAAGACAGCUGCAGGAACUGAGAGAUGUACUGCAGAAGGCUCAGGCAUCACUAGAGGAGAAAUACACCACAAUAAAGGCGCUCACUGCCGAGCUCAGAGAAUGUAAGAUGGAGAUUGAAGACAAAAAACAAGAACUCAUUGAAAUGGAUCAGGCGCUUAAGGAGAGAAAUUGGGAGCUAAAGCAAAGAGCGGCUCAGGUUACACAUUUGGAUAUGACCAUUCGUGAGCACAGAGGAGAAAUGGAGCAAAAAAUAAUAAAAUUAGAGGGUACUCUGGAGAAAUCAGAAUUAGAACUUAAAGAAUGCAACAAGCAGGUAGAAAGUCUAAAUGAAAAGUUGCAAAAUGCCAAAGAACAGCUUCGAGAAAAGGAGUUUAUAAUGCUCCAAAAUGAACAGGAGAUAAGUCAACUGAAAAAGGAAACUGAAAGAACACAACAGCGAAUGAAAGAAAUGGAAAGUGUUAUGAAAGAACAGGAAGAGUACAUUGCUACCCAGUAUAAGGAAGGCAUUGAUUUGGGGCAAGAGUUGAGGCUAGCCCAAGAGCAAACACAGAAAUCUCAUUCAGAACUGGUAGAGGCUCGUCGCCAAGAAGUUCAAGCACAGAGGGAGAUAGAAAGGCUCUCUAGUGAACUGGAGGAUAUAAAGCAACUCUCUAAAGAAAAGGAAGCUCAUGGGAAUCGUUUGGCUGAAGAGCUAGCAGCUUCUCAAGUACGUGAAGCACAUUUAGAAGCAAGAAUGCAAGCAGAAAUAAAGAAAUUAUCCUCAGAAGUAGAAUCUCUCAAGGAAGCUUAUCACAUGGAGAUGAUUUCACAUCAAGAGAACCAUGCAAAGUGGAAGGUUUCUGCUGACUCUCAAAAGACUUCUGUUCAACAACUAAAUGAACAACUAGAGAAAGCAAAACUAGAAUUAGAAGAAGCUCAGGACACUGUAAGCAAUUUGCAUCAACAAGUUCAAGACAGGAAUGAAGUCAUUGAAGCUGCAAAUGAAGCAUUACUUAUUAAAGAAUCAGAAUUAACCAGAUUGCAAGCCAAAAUUUCUGGACAUGAAAAGCCAGGAGACACCAAGUUUCUACCGUCUUCAUUUACAGCUCUAACAGAAAUGAUGCCUGAUAUUCAGGAUCCUAAGUUUGGCAAACAUUCUCAGAUAUCCUUUUUCAAGUGCAGAAAACUACGUCGCUCUAUUAGUGCCAGCGACCUAAGUCUAAAAAGUCGUGGUAAUGAAGAUCUCUCUGAAGAACUGCUGCAGGACUUAAAGAAAAUGCAAUUAGAACAGCCUUUGGCAUUAGAAGGUAGUCAUAAAGACCUGGGUUUCGCCCAUUCAGACUCAUUCAAACCUGUUCCGUAUGCCCUGGAAGAUGAUAGGUCUGACAGUAAUGACUUCAGUACUCUCAGCGGAAUGCUAAGAUACAUAAACAAAGAAGUGAGGCUGUUGAAGAAGUCUUCUCUGCAAACAGUUGCUGGUCUAACUCAGGGAGGAAAAUUAUAAUUAAAAGAAGACAUCUGUGUCAUGAAAAUGGAAUUGUUGGUACUGUGGUGUUUAUUAUAUGUAUGUAGUACAUAUUUCAUAGAAGCUGUUAUUAUUUUGAAUAAAUUUUUUAUAUUUUAAUAUUUUAAAGGAACCCUUCUAAAAUAUAAUUAUAUUUGUAGUGAAAAUUAACUCUAUUUAUUGAUUACUUUUGGUUAAAAUUGCUGAUUUCCUUUUACAUAUAGUAGCCAAAAUACCUAAAGGUACAUUUAAUAUUUGCGUUUUGAAUCAUGCUACUGUUUUUCUGCUGUUUUCAAUAUUUACUUGUAAUUUUAUUCUGUGAAUUUACAAAUCAUUCUGUGAUAAAUUCUUAAGAGGUGUUGGGUGUUUGCUGCUUAUCAGGAGCAAUUGUAGAUACUUUAUAUUUUGAAACUCAUUUGAUCCUCUAAAUAGCCCUAUGAAGUAGGUGUGGUGUUAUUUCGUUUUUAAAUAGACUUCUUUAACAUGGUAGAAUUGUAUGUUCUAAAGAAAGUUAAUUAGUUAUUGCAAGUGUAAGAAAUAGUUUUGGGUUUGUGACUCAAUUUAUACAUGGUUAGCACUAAGAGUUAGACACUGAAGCCCAUAUGUUACUAGUCACCACAUAGGUGCUGGGAAUCAAACCCAGGUCCUCUGAAAGAGGAUCAGUACUCUUCCCUCGAGCCACCUCUCCAGCCCUAUCCAUCCGUGUGUAAGAAGUGUCAUCUGAAGAAGGCUAAUUGAGAACUUCUAGAACCAAAAAGUAUAUUUGAAAGCUUCAGAUGCCCAGUAUGAGCUUAACAGGAGCAAUGACAAUAGGAAGUAUUCAGUCUGUAAACAGAAGGAAAAAAUGACAGGAUAAAUAAGAAACAAUGUAAGUUCAGGAAAGCCUAAGUAGGACAAACACACACACACAUGACACACACAUCUUUGUCAUGUUGUAGUGAAAUCCUGAAAACCAAAAAUAUAAAGAAUAUCUCAGAAGCGUAUCUUAAGAGCCUCAUGUAGGAAGACAGCAAUCCAAAAUAAAGCUGAUUUCUGAUUAUUAAUUAUAAACAAUUUGAGGGUUUAUUUUUCUUUUUGACAGUCUCAUUAUGUACCCCUGGCUGGCCUGGAACUUGCGUGUAGACCAGGUUGGCCUCACAUUCACAGAAACUCACCUGCCGCUGCCUCUGGAGUACUGGGAUUAAAGACAUGUUCCACCAUGCCCAGCAAUUUGACAUACUUUAAAUAUAAAAAACACUAAUAUGCUGCAAGUAAGUAAGAUUUAUGAAAAAUAUACAUCAAGCAGUAACAUGAGAAAUCUUCAGGGGUAUAUUAGUAUCAGACAAAGUGGACAUAAAAGAAAAGUGUUGUUACCAGGAACAAAGGAUGCUUCCUAAUAGAAAGUGAAGAUAUAUACUGUUAAAUGUAUACACCUCAAACACUAAACUUCAAACUAAAAAUUACUAAAGAGAAAGAAAAGAAAGAAGAACGUUUAUACCUAUAGUAGGAAAGUUUAACCUCUGCUUUUUAGUAAUUGAAAGAAUAAAAAGACCAAAAAUGUGAGUAAAUAGAUAGCAGAUUUGAACAGCAACUUGACUUAAAAACACACUUAUUCAGCCUGACAGUGGUGGCAAAUGCACUUGGGAGGCAGAGGCAGGCAGGUCUCUGUAAUUUCAAGGCCAGCCUGGUCUACAAAAGGACAGUCAAGGCUACACAAAACCCUGUCUCUAAAAACCUGAAAGAUGGAUGGAUGGAUAGACAGACAGACAGAUCUCAGUAGCUGGAGACUGUGUACGUAGGUACAAUAGGGAAUUGUGAGAAACUGUAUGUUGGGCUACAGUUAAUAGAACCAAGAGUAGAGUCCUUGAAUAUAUCAGUUGGAUAACGUGGACGAAGACUUAAAUACAAAUUCCCAGAACUCAAUUUAAGCUGGGCAUGUAGCACUACUGUUAUAAUCUUAACACAUCUUAGGUGGUUGGCAUAAAUGAGAGAAUUUCCAGAAUUCCACAGGUCAGCCAGUCUGAAACAUGUAUCAGAAUAAAAAGCAACCAAGACCCUGUCUCAAAACAAGAUAGAAAAACCAACAAUCACACCCAAGAUUGUCCUCAGAUGUACACACAUGCUGUGUCACAUGCGCCUGUGUUUACAUGUAUAUAUACACAUGUACAUACAUAUAAAUGCUGUGUCACAUAUGCACCUGUGUUUACUUACAUGUACACAUAGGUGUGUGUAUAUACUCAUACCACACAUAUGCAUACACACACACUGUCUUAGUUUGGGUUUUGUUGUGUGACCAUGACAUCAUGACCAUGGCAGCUCUUAUGAAGGAAAACACUCAGUUGGGGCUGGCCUGCAGUUAAGAGGAUUAGUCCGUUAUCAACAUGUCAGGAAGCAUGUCAGCAUGCAGGUAGACAUGGUGUUGGAGAAGGAACUCAGAGUUCUACAUCUAGAUCAGCAGGCAGAAGACUUGAACUUCAAAGUCCACCCCCUAGUGACACGCUUCCUCUAGGAAGGCCACACCUACUCCAGCAAGGCCACAUCUCUGAAUAGUGCCCCUCCCUAUGUACUUAUUGGGGCCAAUUUUAUUCAGAUGAUCACACAUAAUGGGUCAUAGACAUGAAUAUAAACAUUAAAACUAAAAGCUAGAAGAGAAGUAGAAUAACUUCAUGAUCAUAGGCAAAUUUCUUAAGACCAGAAAGCACUAAUUAUAAAAGAAAAAGUUAAUAGCUGGACUUCAUCAACAUUCAUAACUGCUUAUCAUUUUCUCACCAUUAUGAAAAUGAAAAGGGGGGGGCUGGAGAGAUGGCUCAGAGGUUAAGAGCACUGUCUGAUCUUCCAGAGGUCCUGAGUUCAAUUCCCAUAACCACAUGGUGGCUUACCAAAAUCUAUAAUGAGAUCUGGUGCCCUUUUCUGGCAAGCAGGUAUACAUGCAGAUAGAGCACUCAUCCACAUAAAAUAAAUAAAUAAAUCUUUAAAAGAAUAAAAUGAAAAGGCAAACUGUAAAAUGAAUACCAUCAUGUAUGUAACAAAGAAGUUGUUAAUAAAAUAAGAAUCCUCUGCAACUUUAUAAUAAAGGACAAGCAUUCAGACUUAAAAUUGCAGAAAAUACUUGAAUAGAUAUACUUCUGCAAGUUAUGUAUAAAUAAUUAUGUGCCCUAUUAAAAGUUUUCAAUGUUUUGGGUCACCAGAGAAAUGAAAAUUUAAAAAAUUAAAAGAGGGGCAAGAGAAAUGGCUCAGCCAUUAGUACCCCCAAUUACCCCACAGAGGGCCAAGUUCAGUUCCCAGCAUCCACAUGGCGGCUCCAACUGCUCCCAGUACCCUCUUCUGGGGCACCUGCACAUACACAGUGCAUAUACAUAUGCUCAGACACACGUAAGAUGGGAUCUUUUUAAAAAGUAAAAAGAGUGGUAUAAGACACAACACCAACAAGGUGAACAUCAUAUGCCCUAGAGCCACUUGGAAAAUCUUCAGUUUCUUUUACUGCUGUCCGCGAGUGAUCCGAGAAUAUAAUUUAUUUGUAUUUAAACAGAGAAGUGAAAGUGUACGUCCACCAGAAGUGUCCGUCACACCUUCUAGGCCACAGAACGGAAACAAGCUCAGAUGUCGCUGGUACUUGACAUAUAUUCAAGCAACAGCUGUGAAAAGAAUGAACUUUUAUACUUGAUAGCAUGGAUGAAUCUCAAAGUUAUAAGGAAAAAACUAUAUAUAAAGCAAAUCAUACAUUAUUUCAUUGGUAGGCAUAUAAAAAUAGACCAAACAUUUAUGGUAUUAAAAACAGGAACAGUUAGCCUGGCUGUGGUGGUGCACACCUUUAAUCCCAGCACUCUGGAGGCAGAAGCAGGAUCUCUGAGUUCAAUACCUGCCUGCUCUACAGAGGGAGUUCUAGGACAGCCAGGACUCCACAGAGAAACCCUGUUUAAAAACAAAAAAACACAACCAAAACAAAACAAAAAAACCAACUAACCAAAUCAAUAAAAAACCCAAAACAAGGGAGGGGGUUGCAGCUGGGAUACAGAAUGAAUAAAUUGUAAUAAAUUAAAAACAAAACAAAACAGUGGUUGUCACUGGUUGGGAACUGAAUAGGAAGAAUUUAAAGUAUACUUUUUUAGGAUUGUGGAAAUGUUCUAUACCUUGAUUAAUUUGUUGGCUACGCAGGUUAUGCAUUUGUCAGGACUCCUUGAGUUAUUUGCUUAGAAUAGAUGAAUUUCAUUGUUUAUAAAUUCUACUUCAGUUAAAAGUUUUAUAAAUAAAACUUUAAACAUUUGAAAAUACAAAGUGGCCUUAGAAACCACACAAUAAAGGUUUGAUUCUGGUU